AAGCGGAGAGAAAAGAAAUCCAAAAGAUGGUCUCAUGGGGGAUUAUUAAAAGGUCAACCAGCUGGUAUAAUAACCCACAUGUGGUUGUAAAGGAGAAGAAUGGUGGAGUCAGGUUGGUUCUGGAUGCCAACAAGUUACAUGAAAUCAUUGUAGGGGCGAGUGAUACACCAGCUAACAUAGACGACAUUUUGCAAAAGUUCCAUGAGUGUAAGUUUCAGACUUCUUUUGAUUUGACUUGUGGCUAUUGGAAUAUCAGUUUGGCCAAGGAAUCUAGGCCAUGUACAGCAUUUUUACAUGAAGGAUUAACAAGGAAGGUAUACAUCCUGAUGCAGAAAAGUUUGCUGCCAUUGCAGAUUUCCCACACCCCAAGAACAAGAAGGAUCUUAAAGCUACAUAUGGCUUGUUUGGCUUCUACCGAAAGUUCACAUCAGAUGUGAUUUAACUAUACUUGCCUUGGUGUUUUGUUGAAACAGAAUGUGGUGUGGGAUUGGACAGAGGAGUCAGAAGAUGCAUCUCAGAGUUUGAAAAAGGAAUUAGUAAAUAAUAAGAUGCUAGGACCUCCAAAUUUUUCACUGACUUUCUGUAUGCAAGUUUUUGUGGUUUGGGGAUAGAAAUUUUCCAAUUGAGAUGGGGGCUGAACACAAAACCAUUGCUUUUGUUAGUAGAACAUUACGACCACAUG